AAUUCAAAAACCCUGCAAAGAUCCAAAAAUACAUUACGCAACAGCAAGUAGGGAAUCUUUGUCUGUGACCAAACAAAAUAAAAAAGUCAUUAUUCCAUUCCUUUCCAUAUUAUUUCUCAACCUUCCAACCCCAAUCUCUUCAUCCUCGCUUCAGCCAACCGCCUCCCACUCUCAAACCUUUUCUUCAUCCAAUUCCAAAUCUCCAUGGCCAAAGGUGGAUCGACAGAAUCUGCGGCGGCUCGAUACGAGUCGGCGUUGGAUGCGUUGUCGUCUUUGAUAACUAAACGAAGUCGUGCUGAUAAGAGUAAUAAGGGGGAUCGAUUCGACUUGCUCUUUGAUUAUUUGAAAAUUUUGGAAUUGGAUGAGGCAAUUUCACAGUUGAAAAUCAUCCAUGUUGCUGGCACUAAAGGAAAGGGAUCAACGUGUACGUUCACAGAAUCUAUAUUACGUAAUUGUGGGUUCCGAACUGGAUUGUUCACAUCUCCUCACCUUAUUGAUGUUCGAGAAAGAUUUCGAUUGAAUGGUGUGGAAAUAUGUGAGGAGAAAUUCUUGGAAUAUUUCUGGUGGUGUUAUGAUAAGCUGAAGGAAAAAACCACUGAUGAUGUGCCAAUGCCUACAUUCUUUCGUUUCCUAGCCUUACUAGCCUUUAAGAUAUUUGCAGCAGAGCAGGUUGAUGUUGCUAUCUUGGAGGUCGGUUUAGGUGGAAAGUUUGAUGCUACAAAUGUGGUUCAGACGCCUAUUGUGUGUGGUAUAUCUUCCCUUGGGUAUGACCACAUGGAAAUUCUUGGAAAUACUCUGGGACAAAUUGCUGGGGAGAAAGCUGGUAUUUUUAAGCAUGGGAUUCCAGCCUUUACCGUACCUCAACCUGAUGAGGCAAUGUGUGUGCUUGAAGAGAAAGCUUCCAAGUUGAAUGUGCACCUUCAAGUGGCACAUCCACUAGAUGUAAGCUUGCUGAAUGGUCUAAAACUCGCACUUGAAGGUGAACAUCAAUACAUAAAUGCUGGUCUGGCCGUUGCACUAUGUUCUACUUGGCUUCAAAGGACUGGUCAUCCUAUCACCAACUUGAAUCAAACAGGUUCACUGCCUGAACAGUUCAUCAAGGGCCUAACAACAGCAAGUUUGCAAGGGCGGGCUCAGAUUGUCUGUGAUCAAUUUACUGAUACUGAAAAUCCUGGAGAUCUGGUUUUUUAUCUGGAUGGAGCCCACAGUCCUGAAAGCAUGGAAGCAUGUGCCAAGUGGUUUUCUCUUUGCAUUAAGGAAGACAAUCAGCAACCUAUCCCGCAUUAUCAGGCACAGGAUAAUACUGAAUCCUCAAAAGAAGUGGCACAGUGGCAUACCAACGAAAGGUCUAAGAAGGAUACUGCCCAGAUUCUGCUGUUCAAUUGUAUGUCAGUGCGAGAUCCACAGUUGCUUCUGCCAUGCUUGAUGAGAACGUGUGCCAGUCAAGGUGUCUGUUUCAAGAAGGCACUUUUUGUACCGAACAUAUCUGUGUAUCACAAGGUUGGAUCCCAUGCUUUACCAACAACUGAUCCUCAAGUUGAUUUGUCAUGGCAGUUUACUCUUCAAAGAGUAUGGGAAAACCUUAUGCAGGGUGAUAAAGGAGGGGAGGCCAGUAACACAGGUCAAGUUUGUGAAGAAGUGAAAGAUGAUACAGGAAUGAGUGUUAGGAGUUGCACAAACAGUUCUGUCUUUUCUUCUCUACCAUUGGCAAUCAAAUGGCUUAGGGACACCGCCCAGAAGGAUCGAUUUGUUCAUUUUCAGGUCCUCGUAACCGGUUCCUUGCACCUUGUCGGUGAUGUCUUGAGAUUAAUCAAGAAAUAACGUUGAACUUCGCGAUGUGCUUGCUUUUCUGCCUACAUCUGUGUUCGUGCAGUUGACAACAGCAUCGGUUCAUUGUCUUUUCCAACAGAAUUCAACUGCCCUUCUAAUGGGCUUCCAAGCUUUCAGUUUGCAGGGUUGCCGGUUUAGGUAUACACUUUCAUUAUUGAAAUUUGAAACUGGCAUAACUUGAGUAACUGAAGUAUUGCUUUUGUAACCAAGUUGAGACAAAACGCAACAAAACAUUCCAACUUAAAAUGACAUUCAUAGAGUGUUCAUUCCGUUAGUUAUUUUAAUUUUGAAUUGAAGUAUUCAAAAUUGAAUUAAUCAAGUU